AUAGGGCAUAAACAUGGGGCUUGGAUCCAUACCCCAAAAGAUUCAAUAAUUUUUUGUCAAAUCAUGAAUUUCUUGGCUCCUUGUCUCCUAUAAAGAAUUAGACUGCCUUCUUCUCUUAACAAUACAUGUUUAAAAAUUUUUCGCAAUAUUUCACUUUGCGUCCGCACCGACCUGUUUAUCCACUUAACUAUGCAGCACAUUUGGUUUUCUUCCAAGAUUGGUGAUUUUGAAUAAAGUUUCCAUAAACAUCCAUGUGCAGACUUAUUUGUGGACAGAAGUUUUCAACUCUUUUGGGUAAUAAUGAGUGUCACUGGUGGAUUCUACGUCAAGGCCAUGUUUAGAUUUAGACUCUGAGAUGAAACGUAUCCUGGCAAAAGGCUCUCCCACUGUCAUGAAGCUCAUCCUCAUCUGGGCUCUCUCACACCUGUCUCUUGCCUUUGCCUAUAAUCCAGAGUACACAGGUGCCAUUACCCCCUCUUACUUGGUCUACUUGAAAUCCGAUUACUUGCCCUGCGUAGGAGCCCUGAUCCAUCCACUUUGGGUAAUCACAGCUGCACAUUGCAACUUGCCGAAGCUCCAAGUGGUGUUGGGGAUCACAAACCCUUCAGAUAGCAGGGAACGUUAUGUGCAGGUGGUCGGCUAUGAGAAGAUGAUUUAUCACCCUUACUUCUCAGUCUCAUCUAUCCAAAAUGACGUCAUGUUGAUCAAGCUGAAAAAAGUGAUUAAUCUCAAUAACUAUGUGAAACUGGUCAAACUCCCCAACCAUCCUGUCCGUGUGAAUACCAUGUGCAUGGUCACCACCUGGGGCUACAACAUUUGUGAUGUCUCCAAGGAACCUGACUCACUGCAGAAUGUGAACAUCUCUGUAAUCUCUGAGAAAGAUUGUCAAGGAGGCUACAGAACCCAAACCAUCAAGCAGAAUAUGUUCUGUGUGGGCAUCGUGCCAGGAAGGAGGGUGCCUUGCAGGGAAGUCUCAGCAGCCCCCGCAGUCUGCAAUGGAGUACUCUACGGAAUCCUGUCUUUUGCAGAUGGAUGUGUCUUGAGGGCCGAUGUUGGCAUCUAUGCUAGUAUUUUUCACUACUUGUCCUGGAUUCAAAGUACAAUCCAAAACAACUGAGGGUUCCACAGCAUGUGACACAGUGUCUCCCAUGUCCCACCUCAGACUUAAUUAAAUGGAUUCCUGGGAUGGUGCCAUGUA